AUACAUGUGAUUAUGGAACUAGAACUAACUAUUUAAGUGAUUCUGCGAAAAAUAAUAGCUCAUUCAAUAGUAACAUCUUGUAGUGAAAUUAAAAGGAGAACAAAGAUAUAAUCAUGAAAUUAUUCAUUGGAGUGGUAUUAUUGGCAUUUUUGUCAGUAUCAACUGCAGAUGAGGAUCAUAAUGGAUAUCAAAAAGGAACCAGAGUUGAUCCACCUACCAAUUCAACAGGAGGUCGUCAAGGAAAAUAUUUCUACGCAGGAAACCCAGGUGAUACAUGCAAAACCUCACCACCAGGCACCAGCUUCUGUACUGAAUCGAACUCAUGCAGUCCAGGGGGCAAAGUUUUUACUUGUACCGAUUUAUAUGGAUAUACUGAACCAGUCGCUUGUGCAGAACCAACACCUUAUUGUACAGGAAAUACUGGAUUUGGCAAGUGCACAGCUUUUCCUGAAAGAACAUGCGAAACAAGCUUGAAUUAUAAAUGCCCUGGAAUUGGAUACUUCCCUGACUUAUAUGACUGUUUGACAUACUACUAUUGUGACUAUGAUGCAAACCAAAAGAGAUUGGUUCCACAACAAUAUGCUUGCAAUUCUGGAUAUCCAUUCAGUGCUGACGGUAAAGGAGGCUACAAUUGUGCACCAAAAGGAACUUGUGUCGUUCCAAAAUGCUCAUCAUUUAUUGCUGCUGAAUGGGUACCAUUAAAUUAUUCUGGAAGUUCUAGCACAAUGGCUGUUUACUGCUUAAAUGGAAGACCAAAAUACGUUUAUAGCUGCCCACCCGGACUUGCAAUCAACUCAUACAGUCUAACAAACACUGCAUCACCUUACUGUGAAGUUCAAUGCACAAGAGAUUUGCUUCGAGCACCUUUUGUAUCUGACAAUACGAGAUACUACGAAUGUCGCGGUGGAGUUGCAUAUCAAGUGCUUUGUCCCCGUGGAAGAAUUUAUGAUUCAUAUACAGAAUCUUGCGUUUACAAACCAUUCUAAUUUCAACAUUAUAUAACAGCACGAAUCAAAUUAUAUUAAGAUUUAAUCAAUUUAUUAUAAUCCUAUUAUCAUGAUCAAAAUUUAAUCAGAACUUCGGAAAAUAAACGUUAUAAAUAAUCACAUUAUGCA